AUGAGACGCACGUCGGUAUCGCUGCCCACCAAGCACGUUGCUCGCGAUCCCCACGAGAAGCCCGACCGCUACGGAUUCGACCACCGAGAACCCGGCCUCGUCGCGAAGAUGCAGUCCGCCUGGGCCCAGCAGUCCCAGCGGGCACGCUACAUCAAGACCGGUGCCAUCGUCUUCACCGUCCUCUUGCUCUUUUACUUCUUCACCUCCUCCGGCGACAGCUACAUCGGCGGCCAGGGACAAGUCCCAUCAGACUCCUCCUACGGAACCGACAGAUGCUCCCGAUCCUACUCCAAAGACAAGCCCAUCGUCCAAUACGUCUCCAUGAUCGACGCCGGCAGCACAGGCUCCCGCAUCCACGUCUACAAGUUCAACAACUGCGGCGCCGCCCCCGAGCUCGAGGAUGAAGUCCUCUUCAAAAUGACGGCCAAGAUCGAAGGCCAAUCCUCCGGUCUCUCCGCUUACAAGGACGACCCCCUCAAGGCGGCCGAAAGCCUCGACACCCUCCUCGACGCCGCCCUCGAGAAAAUUCCCGACAAGCUCAAGUCCUGCUCUCCCAUCGCCGUCAAGGCCACCGCCGGUCUUCGUCUGAUCGGAAAGGAAAAGUCGGACAAGAUCCUCGAGGCGGUCCGCCACAGAAUCGAAACAAAGUACCCCUUCCCCCUCGUCUCCCGCGAGGAAAACGGCGUCGCGAUCAUGGACGGCUCCGACGAGGGGGUGUAUGCCUGGAUCACGACCAACUACCUCCUCGGCAAGAUCGGCGGACCAGACCACUCCCCCACCGCGGCUGUUUUUGACCUCGGGGGUGGAUCCACUCAGAUUGUCUUUGAGCCCUCGUUUGAGGGCCUUACAGACGGCGGCAUGCCCGCCAAGCUCGCCGAGGGGGACCACAAGUACGCUCUUGACUUUGGGGGCCGCAAGUUCAACUUGUACCAGCACUCCCAUCUCGGGUACGGCCUCAUGUCUGCUCGUCAAGCCAUCCUCGCCGAGCUCGUGACUGAUCUGUACGAGGAGCACAAGGGUGACAAGUCCUGGAUGGAGAAACCGAUUGUCAACCCUUGCUACUCGGCGGGCAUGUCCAAGAUGGCAAAGAUCGUCUUGCAGGGUGACCACCCCCUCGGCUCCAAGCUGGAGCUGAACAUGACUGGCCCUCACUGGGCCGCGCCGGCGCAGUGCCGGGCGUUGGCGGAGAGGAUUUUGAAGAAGGAGUCUGCGUGCAACCUGGCGCCGUGCUCGUUCAACGGUGUGCAUCAGCCGUCUAUGGCCAAGACGUUUGCGAGGGAGGAUAUUUACUUCUUGUCUUACUUUUACGAUCGGACGCAGCCGUUGGGGAUGCCGGAGAGUUUUACUCUUAGGGAGAUGUCGGAUCUGGCGAACAGGGUUUGUGGCGGGGAGAGGGAGUGGGAUGUUUUUGAGAGUGUGCCGGGCGCGAUGGAGGAGCUGAAGGAUAGGCCGGAGCAUUGUUUGGAUUUGAACUUUAUGUUGGCGCUGACGCAUACGGGGUAUGAGAUGCCUAUUGAUCGGGAGGUGAGGAUUGCGAAGCAGAUCAAGGGGAAUGAGUUGGGGUGGUGUUUGGGUGCUAGGUAUGUCUUCUUUGGUCCCCCGGUCAUGAUGAGAAAUGAUUUGAUGCUAAUGAUGUGUGAUGAUGAACAGCUUGCCGUUGUUGAGCAAGAGUUCGGGGUGGCAGUGCAAGAUUAA